GGCAGCGUCAUUCUUUACACACUUCAUUUUAGCAGAAGUUAUCUCGCCCAGUUUAAAGGAAUUUGCGUUUUUUUUUUAUACAAGGACGCUGAAGUUGUAACUGUUGUAUUGAAGAAUUCACAAAAAAGAAAAAGUUUAUCCAUACCUGAAAAAAACAAACUAAAAAUCAUGUCCCUAGCUUUUCAAAAUGCAGAGUCUGUAAAACAGACCCUAUUAGAAGAAUUACAAAAUCUAUUAAGCUCGGAAACGCGGAUAAGACAGUCUGCCGAACAGAGAAUGAAGCAAUUGGAAUUCACAGAAGGUUAUGGCGUUUAUUUAUCGGAAUUAAUCAUGAAUCAAUCAUUCGAGCUGCCUUUAAGGCAAAUCGCCUGCAUAAUGUUAACACGUUAUGUGGAGAAUCAUUGGGGCGAAUGCGAUGAAGAAGGCAAUCCAAGUGAAGCUGGUGGCUGCGGUCCCGUUGCCACAGAACAGGCCAAACGCACAAUUCGCAAAAUUUUACCAAAUGGUUUAUAUGAUCCUAAUUCAAAAAUACGCUCAUCUGUGGCUCAUACAAUUUCGACAAUCGCUACAACAGAUUGGCCCAGCGUUUGGACGGAACUUUUCGAUAUAAUCAUUAAAUGUCUGGGUGGUAAUGAAAAUUCUAUUCAUGGAGCCAUGCAAAUUCUACAGGAUUUCAUUUACGAUGAGAAACAAAUUGUUGAACUUGGCCCAGUAGUUAUCUCCGAAGUUUAUCGGAUAUUCGAAUCGGAACAAAACUAUAGCAUUAAAACUCGCACUUUAGCAAUACGAAUUUUAAAGAAAUUAUUUUAUUCAAUCAGUUUAAAUAUUACGGAUAAGCAGGAGCAAGCUCCAAUGAUGAAUUCAAUAUUAACAAAUUUUAUGGAAAAAUUAAUUCACUAUUUAUCAAUGAAUAGCGGAACAGCUUCGAAUUUUAUGCUACGGACAGAAAUUGUGAAAAUUUUAACAUUUCUUGUUACGGGAAUGUCGAAAUAUAUACAAUCGUAUAUGGAACGGAUAUUGCCGGUAAUAUGGCAAUUGCUUACCCAAAUUGCCGACACCUAUGUUAAGGUUAUUGUUAAUCAAACCGAAAUAAGUCCUUUCCCGGUAACAUACGGUGAUAGUAACGACGACGAAGAUGAACUAACAAACUUCACCAAUAUGAUUGUGCAAAUUUUUGAAUUUAUUCAGUGUGUUAUUGGUGCUGGCAAAUUUCGAGCGACUAUCAAAAAUGUCUUAACCGAUUUAAUAUACAUUGUAAUUGUUUAUAUACAAGUUCCUGAAGAACAAAUUGAGGAUUGGCAAGAAGAUCCGGAGAAAUUUGUUGAUGAUGAAGAUGACGGUGGUAUGGAAUUAACUGUACGCGUUUCAGGCCAAGACGUUUUAGUGGCCUUGUACGAGGAAGUUGGCACCGAAAUUCUACCAUCACUUCAAGAAGCACUCAGUCGUCACAUGAAUGUAGCGGAAGCGGAAAAAGCUGCUGGUAAUGAAUUUUGGUGGAAAAUCCAAGAAGCCUGUAUGGUUGCCGUUCAUGCUUAUAAUGAACUCGUUCUACAUUCGCAUGAUCAAUUUGAUUUAUUGAAUUACUUGACAGUAGUUCGCAAUUGUUUGAACUAUCAUGAUUGUCCUCAUUUAGUUGGUCGGGCCUUAUGGACACUAAGCACCUAUUCGAGUUCAAAACUAUUUAAUCCUCAAAUGUUAGAUGAAAUCUUAAUGGUUACUCUACAAAGUCUACAAGCGGAUAAGUCCAUUAUUUUAAAGAUUAGCGCCGUAAGAGCUAUUUACAGUUUUGUUAAAACACAUGAAAAACCAAACGAUGAGAAACGAGCAUUGGUUCAAAAUAAAUUAUCCGGUUUUCUAGAAGGCAUUUUGGAUUUAGUACCAGGUUGUAAAAGUUCUGUUCUUGGAAUGCUGUUAGAAGCUUUGACUACAAUAAUAACGUUCGAUCCAUCAUUUGCAGUUACUGCUCAAAAUAAAUUGAUUCCCCUGGCGUUAGCAGUGUUUUUGAAAUAUCCUGAAGAUCCUUUCAUCUUGGAAAUCGUCCAGGAAUUAAUUAAAGCUCUUUGUCAAAAUCCGCAUUGCUUACAACCGCUGCAGGACAAAUUCAUAUCAACAAUUGUCAGUAUAUUGUCGUUGCAAGACGAACAAGCUAGCACUGCCAAACAAGAUAUAGCCCUGGAUGUUCUUACAACUAUUGUAAAAUAUUCACAAGCUCCGCUAUCGGCGGCUCUUAUUGAAAAUGCUUUUCCAGCCAUGAUUCAUUGCGUUCUACGGUCCGAUGAUCACGCCGUUAUGGUCGCAGGCGGAGAAUGCCUACGGGCUUACAUUUUUGUUUCACCUGAGCAAAUCUACGCCUAUAAGAAUGGUGAAGGUCUUAACUAUACUAUGCAACUGACCACCAUGUUAUUAAAUCCAAUGAACAACGAAUUGACAGCCGGUCAAAUUGGACGUCUAGUUAUUACUAUCAUCACGAAAAUGGGAAAUAUGUUAGGUGAAAAUGUUGACCUGCUAUUGAAAGCUGUUAUCAGCAAAAUGCAAUUAGUCGAGUGUUUGAAAGUAAUUAUGAGCUUAGUUGUAGUGUUCGCGCACUUGUUCCUUACUCAAACGGAGGCUGUAUUGAAUUUUCUCUCCACCGUACCGGGUCCAACAGGCGAGCCAGCCAUGCAAUUCGUUUUUAAUAAUUGGCUGUCAAAACAGACUUCUUUCUUUGGUGCCUACGAACGUAAAGUAACCACAAUGGCCUUGUGUAAACUCUUCGAGUACGGUGUUACAACGCAAGAUACCCGUUUGACUUCCAUAAAUGUAAAAGAUCUCGUUAUUAAUGAGGCUGCGAAUCAAGCGACGCGAGUAAAAACACGUUCUCAGACGAAUCAUCAAUGGGUGUCAAUGCCAGCUUUAGUUAAGAUGUUCAAAUUGCUUAUCAACGAGUUAUCGCAUCUAAAAGAAGCUCAUUUUGUUGAUUACGAAACGGAAACUGAUGAUGAGGAGGAGUCGCAUUUAGCUGAAAGUGCUGAAAAGCCAACCAACAACGCAUCGCCGAAGUUUCAAAGUUUCAUUUCCGAUUUAUAUUUUGCGACUGACGAUGAUGACGAUAACGAUGACGAUCAGCUUACACAAGAACUUUUAAAUGGACCAUUAUUCCAAACUAAUAUGGAAGAUAAUCUUACAAAGUUCCUGCAAAACUUUUCCAGCAGUGAACAUUUCCCAAUGUUCGUCAGUCAUUUGACUGAAGCUGAAAAAGGUGUUUUAAAAUCCAUACAAGUUGAGGUAGCCUAACUGUUGACUUUUGAGUUUUGGCAUCAAAAACAUUAAUUUCGAUUUAAUUUUUCUAUAACCUUUUAAGAGAAAACAUUUGAUUAUCUUUCACAAUUUAUUUGCAAACAUUUUUCGAACUCAGGUAUGCUAAGAAGGUUUCUUUGAAGCCUUGAAUAACUCUGAAUUAAUAUAAAAACGUUUCUUGAAUAUGAAAUCAGAAUAUGAUAUCAGAAAGAAUGUGUUACGAAAGUUUU